GCGGGGGCACAUGGUACCGUUUGCGGAUGGUAUAUUUCGUCCAUGGCGAUGGGUCACCGAUUUCUACGUCAACGUCGCUCCCCAGUGGGUGGCAACGAAUCGGGGAAACUGGAAGGCCGUUGAAGCUGCAGCUCGCCAAGUCGCGGGUCGCUUAGAGGAGGAUGUACUGGUUUUUACGGGAGUUUACGACAUUCUUACCCUUCCCCACGUAAAUGGCCAUCAGGUUCCGAUCACACUGGAUGCCAAGGGUAUUGAAAUACCCAAGUGGCUUUGGAAAAUAGUCAAAUCUAUACGCAGAAAUGCUGCCAUCGCACUCGUCACUAAUAACGAUCCGUUCAGAAGAAGUAUGCCAGCUGGUGAGAUGCUGUGUCAGGAUAUCUGUGCCCAAUACGGGUGGGGUAAUGCAAAGUAUGACAAAUUUGCGAGUGGUUUCACCUACUGCUGUACGGUGAAGGAUUUGCGGCGCUUUAUUCCUACUAUUUCUUCCGAAGUUGAUGCAGCGAAUGUGUUGCACUUCUAAAAUGCAACUGCAGUUAAACAACACGUACUCUUCAAGAUAAGGGUGAUAAUGCCACGCUUGCCGGUUGCCACGAUAACGGUUGUAAAGAGGUAGAUUAAAGUGAUGGAGAUAGAUGAAGAUUAGUCAAUACAUCAAUAUUGCAGAACUUUGUUAAUAAAUAAGUCAAAAUAAAGUGAUUCAAUUCAAACUCUUUGCUGGGAUCAGUGUAA